UUUCAUUCGCCAAAGAACGCCCAAAUGGUGAUACUAGAAGGCACCACAAUGUUACAAGUUGGAAAUAAUCAAUAUCUUCAGCCGGACUACCUUUCUCCGCUUCCGACCUCGUUGGAUGCGAAGAAAAGUCCUCUAGCACUGCUGGCGCAAACGUGCAGCCAGAUCGGGGCCGACCCAGGAAACAUUACGGUUAAAUCGCUUGUUUCACCGUCGGAAAAGAACAAAAAAUCAUCAUCCUCCAACAGCUCCAGCAGCAGCAGCAGCACGAGCAGCACAUCAUCAUCGGGCAGCAAUUCGUCGGCCUCGUCCCAGGUCGAUCCGACGUCGCACUCAUCCGCGUCCCGAUCGCCGUCGGUAAAGACGGACAAAUCGGACGCAUCGCCGGAGAUCAAGCUCGCCUUCAAACCGUACGAAAUGAAUGUGCUAACGACGAAAGUGAACCUUAGCAAAACGUCAUCGUCGUCGUCAGUGGACGAUCGCCCAUCGUCUAAGAUGAGCAGUGGAAGUGACGUGUUGAACAACAACAGUGUGAGCCAAAUCAAUAAUAAUAAUAAUAAUAGCCACGGUGAUCAUGGGGGGCGCAAGGAAAGCCGGGCCCUUUCGCCGCGUGGCAGCGCCGAUUCGCCAAUGUCGGGUCGCGGUGGUGGCAGUGCUAGUGUCAAGAGUAACGAAAGUGGUGGUGAGCAUGGAGGCAAUAAGUGCAGCACGCCGGAAGGUAACCGUAGGGCCCCGUCCGCCGGUACGCCCAGUGAUCGUGACAAAGUGAACGGAAACAGUGUGGGGGGUGGCUCCGGGCCGUCCAGCAGUCCGUCGGCCGGUAUGAUGCAUCCGGGAGCGUUGCCACCGUCGGCCGCAUACAAAGCAAACCCGUACGGUAUGAGUGGGGCCGGUUUGCCGAGUCCGUCGGGGAUCGACCACACCAAUCCUGCCUUCCGGCCACCAUUCGCUGGUGCAUUUAGUCAUCAUCAUGCGGCCAUGCUGGCUGCCGCCGGUUACUCGGGAGCGGCAGCGGCGGCUGCGGCGGCUAGUGCAGCCGGUGCCAAUCCGUACCUCAGCUACACGCGCGUCAAAACACCGUCCGGCGGUGAAACGUUAGUACCGAUCUGCAAGGAUCCGUACUGUACCGGGUGUCAGUUUUCUGCCCACAAUCACCAGAUGAUGAUGGGCAGCCAGUGUCCGGCGGGCUGUACCCAGUGCGAUCACCAGAAGUACAUGGCUAUGGCGCUCAGCUCGAUGCCGCCAGCCGGCUACCCGGGCUAUCCUUCACCUUCGUCGGCCGCCGCUGCCGCUGCAGCAGCUGCAGCAGCUGCGGCGGCAGUAAAUUCCGGCGGUUCGCAACCGCCGGGCAGUGCCGGUGCCGCUAGCCGUCCGUAUAUGUGCAACUGGGUCGUUGGCGAUUCGUACUGUGGCAAACGGUUCAACACGACGGAUGAGCUGCUAUCGCAUCUGCGUACACACACCGCGAACCUGUCCGAUCCUGCGGCGCUGGCUCUGCAGCAGCAGUUGAUGCCGCUGAGUGGCAUUUUCCCGCCUACUUCACUGCAUCACCAUCAUCGAGGCUAUCCCAACCCGCCGCUGAGCCCGCUGUCAGCCGCUCGGUACCAUCCGUACGUGAAGCCCGGUGCCAUGCCAACGGCCAUGCCCGGCUCACCGUACAGUGCGGCAGCAGCAGCGGCGGCGGCUGCCUUCAAUCCGGCCGCUGCUUUCGGCCAGUACUACUCACCGUAUGCGGCCGCCCUCUACGGACAGCGAAUGGGCGCGGCUGUACAUCAGUAG